AUGACGUUGUACACAAGCUCCCGCGUAAGAGCACAACAAGUGUGGGCGUAAACUAGGGCACGCCACUUAGCAUUAUAAUUCGCCACUUUAGCUAUUAACAAAAGCUCUGUCAACAAAAAGUUGACCAUGUAAGUUGUUCCCACGAUUGAAAUACAUUAUGUUCUAGUGGAGGCAUAAAUACCAACACUGCACAUUUAUUAUAAGCUAUCUUCAUCAUUGUGUCGUUUUAGCUGGAUAGCUGGCUAACUAGCAUUGUUGUCACGUUCUUAUUUGCAAUGUAACGUUAUAUUGUGUUUGAUUUGCAUAUUUUAAAGGAUGAGAUGACUGAAAGUACAGAUAAUAAUUUAUUUAUUCCUUAAUGUAUUUUCUAGAGAGUGAGAUACCCCGGUCUGCGGAGAAGGCGGUGCCAGUGUCACGUGCACCCUCCCCUACUACGCCAAAAACGACAAUCCCCAGUUGAAACAAUUAGUAAUAGCUAGUUGUAACAUCUUUGCAGUUCUGUUCUGAAAGGUAACGUAUGUGUUCACUUACUUUGUUUGCAUGUAUUGUUACAGUACGAUUGUUUCGCUCUAUGUUUUGCACCGUUUCGUAUUUCUGGACUUGCUUGUUGGACACAGCUGCUAUUCUCCAUGCUUCGCAAAAUGCGGCUAUCUUGACAGGCAACUUUUAUCUGUCUGUUGAAUGACAGCUUUACGGUGAUUCCAAGAAUGUCCCCACAAUAUAUGAUGGUCAAAUGCAUGUAGGAGUGCAGCUGUUCUAGACAUGCAAUCGCAGAUGCACUUGGCACAGGAUCGAUGUCAACAAUUAGUUUAGCUUCUGGACAGUCUUGCAAGAUUGCUUCGCAUGUAAGGUAGCUAGUUACUUGUUUCCUGCUGCAGUUGAAGUUAAUUGCCUUUUUUAGGGUAGUUUCUUUCUCUCUCUCUCGCUCAUGGUUGAACUGUUAGGACUCAUUAGUAAUCAGUACCUUUCUCUCCUUGUCUGCUUUCUCUCAUUUGCUACAGUUCUGCAGAACAGGUUUCACACCCAGUUUUCAGAUCAGUGCAGAUGGAGGAGACAAGGAUAGGGGGCCACUGUAGAGUUUUGAGAUAUAUCCAGUCUAACUAGACUGCCCUGUGGGAAAUGAAUACCUGUGGUUGAUCAUAGCCUUACCCCAGACAAGUCUCAACCUCAUCACAUCACAUGCUUUAAGGCUUCUCUUCAACUCCAUCACCCCCUAUUAUUCAUUCACAUCUUCCUCCCUGCACCCUUCUAUCCCUCUGCCCUUACUCUCUCAUUCUCUUCACACCAUCCAUACCAAACGUUUGUUUAAAUCAUUAAUUUGUUCAUAUAUUUAUUUACGUUUGUUUAUUCGUCCAUUCAGACUUGGUCAAUGAUAUAGUGAUAUGUUGCUGUACUGAGAUGCUAGAUGCUAUUCUGCUCAGUCACAGUGUGCAGCUGCAGCAGAGAGAGUAGACACACUGUGACCCUGCUGUUCAAACAUACAGCUCUGGUUCCAGCCUACUUCUAACUUUCCCUGGGCCUGGGUGCAUCUCAAUAGUCUAGACUGGCCUCCUCUCCUCCUCCUCCUCCCUGCCUGAUAUCCUUACCUGCACUGCUCUAAUCUGAAAACACCAGAGGUUAUACUUUAAUCUGUCUGGAAAUUUGUUUGAAGUUGUCCAUUUGUUCACAUCAAUACAGAUGAAAGAAAGGAGACCAGUAGAGGAAGCCACUUUAAUUUAAACUAUUGAGCUGCAGCCCUGGUCAACAGGCACUGGUUUCUGGCUGUUUGAAAUAGGUAGGAAAUGCUCCUUUUGAAUAACUUUGGAAGCGUGGAUGAUCAAUUAAUUAAUUAUAAAUGAAAUCUUUGUUCAGUUUGAGUGAGAGAUAGACACACACCGCGGGAACCGCAGGGAGGUCUGCCCCAAGGUUGGGUUCAAAGAUUAUGGCUAUCUGUACAGAGCAGGUUUGAAUGGUUAGAAAGUAGCCUGGGAGGGGAGAUUGUUUUUACAAAGGAAAAUGUGAAUGAUAUGAUACUGUAAUAACAUAGGUUGUCCCAAGAUUAGACCUACGAUUUAUUAGGCCUAUACUAAAGUGGGCUAUUCUAACUGAAAACAGGAAAAGGAAUCAACAUGUCUUUCUGUGUUUCUGUUCUUCCAGGGGCAGGCCAGAGCGGCUGAGUGGACCACGUUGAUACAGGACCAAGGUGCUAAACGGUGACAGCAGACUCAACUCAGUUUGGGACCGCGGAGGUGGUUUGGAGACCUUGUUUGUGACUUUAGACCUAGGUGGUGAGGCGGAGGGUUACGAUGGCUGUGAGCGGGUUUGACAUAGAUGGGCCGCGGUGGGAUCAGUCCACGUUUAUGGGCAGACUGAAGCACUUUGCCAACAUCAGACUGGAGGACAGCACUACUGUCAGACUCACAACUGGACGAGGCUAAAGCACUGGUGGAAAGCUGCAGGUAACGCACACACACACCACUGUGAAGUACACACACACACAGAUACCUCAAGGUUAGAGCGGUGGGCCAGUAACCGAAAGGUCACUGGUUCGAAUCCCUUGAGCAAGGCACUUAACCCUAUUUGCUCCAGGGACGCUGGUAAAAUGGUGGACCUUGGCUCUGACCCCAACUCAGUCUCGGAGUUGGGAUAUGCUAGAAACACAUUUGUGUAAUAGGGCAAAUAUAAUUAAGCACCCACCAAAUUAUAUAAUUAUUAUACCACUGUGAAGUAGUAAUUUCCCUGCAGUGUUAUUAAUAGUAGAGUUAUGUCUACAGUUGUUGUUUCUCGUGAUGAGAACCUGGGUUAUGUGUGUUUCUCCUGUUCUAGAGCGGCUUCCCUUCCCCCUGUCACCACAGAGGAACAGCUGCAUUACGCCAAGAAGCUCUAUGACUCCGCCUUUCACCCAGACACCAGCGAUCUCAUGAACCUGAUUGGUCGAAUGUCCUUCCAGGUGCCCGGAGGGAUGGCCAUAACAGGCGGUAUGCUACAGUUCUACAGGUACACACACACACACACACACACACACAUAUAUCAGACAAAAUGAACGAUCUAUAGAUUAGUGGUCCUCUGUAGCUCAGUUGGUAGAGCAUGGCACUUGUAAUGCCAGGGUAGUGGGUUCGUUCCCCGGGACCACCCAUACGUAAAAAUGUAUGCACACAUGACUGUAAGUCGCUUUGGAUAAAAGCGUCUGCUAAAUGGCAUUAUUAUUAUUAUUAUUAUUAUUAGCCAGAGAUAGGUGAGUUUGGUGCAAUGACUUCUAGUCAUGUAUUGCUGUCCUUUUUUCCCCACUCUUUCUCUCUCUCCAUCUCUAGGACAGUCCCUGCUGUAGUGUUCUGGCAGUGGGUGAAUCAGUCAUUUAACACGCUAGUCAACUACACCAACAGAAACGCUGCUUCCCCCAUUACCUCCAAGUAAGACCCUGCAGACCAAACACACACACUGCUGUGGUGAAUGUAAUGUAAUGCACAUGGAGAAUAUCAAGAGCUAUUUAGAGUGCAUUCGGAAAGUAUUCAGACCCCUAGACUUUUUCCAAAUUUUGUUACAUUACAGCCUUAUUCUAAAAUUGAUUAAAUGUUUUUUUCCCCCCCCCUUAUCAAUCUACACACAAUACCCCAUAAUGACAAAGCAAAAACAGGUUUUUAGAAAUGUUUGCAAAUGUAAAAAAAUAACAAAAAUAAUCACAUUUACAUAAGUAUUCAGACCCUUUACUCAGUACUUUGUUGAAGCACCUUUGGCAGUGAUUACAGCCUGAAGUCUUCUUGGGUAUGACGCCCAUCCCAUUCUUCUCUGCAGUUCCUCUCAAGCUCUGUAAGGUUGGAUGGGGAGCGUCGCUGCACAGCUAUUUUCAGGUCUCUCCAGAGAUGUUCGAUCGGGUUCAAGUCCGGGCUCUGGCUUGGCCACUCAAGGCCAUUCAGAGACUUGUCCCGAAGCCACUCCUGGGUUGUCUUGGCUGUGUGCUUAGGGUCGUUGUCCUGUUGGAAGGUGAAGCUUCGCCCCAGUCUGAGUUCCUGAGCGCUCUGGAGCAGGUUUUCAUCAAGGAUCUCUCUGUACUUUGCUCUGUUCAUAUUUCCCUCGAUCCUGACUAGUCUCCCAGUCCCUGUCGCUGAAAAACAUCCCCACAGCAUGAUGUUGCCGCCACCAUGCUUCACCGUAGGGAUGGUGCCUGGUUUCCUGCAGAUGUGAUACUUGGCAUUCAGGCCAAAUAAUUCAAUAUUGGUUUCAUCAGACCAGAGAAUCUUGUUUCUCAUGGUCAGAGUCCUUUUAGGUGCUUUUUGGCAAACCUUUUGGUAAACCCUAAGCAUGCUGUUUUGUGCCUUUUACUGAGGAGUGGCUUCCGCAUCCCCACUCUACUAUAAAGGCCUGAUUGGUGGAGUUCUGCAGAGAUGGUUGUCCUUCUAGAAGGUUCUCCCAUUUCCACAGAGGAACUCUGGAGCUCUGUCAGAGUGACCAUCGGGUUCUUGGUCACCUCCCUGACCAAAGCCCUUCUCCCCCGAUUGCUCAGUUUGGCCGGGCGGCCAGCUCUAGGAAGAGUCUUGGUGGGUCCAAACUUCUUCCUUUUUAAGAAUGAUGGAGGCCACUGUGUUCUUGGGGACCUUCAAUGCUGCAGAAAUAUUUUGGUACCCUUCCCCAAAUCUGUGCCUUGACACUAUUGUUGUGACGUGACUUUCAUUAAAAUGAUGACUGUUAUUUAUCGAAUCAACUAACUGUGUUUAAUUGUUACUCAAUUAAAUUAAUCAUGUAACAAUGAACUCAUUAGGAUUUGGGGCACCAUGGAAGAAGUUGUUUAUAGAGUUACCAUCUCCCGAAUUAAACUCUAAAAGGUCUUUACUUAUUACUAUGUAUAAAACAGUCAACGUAUCAAUCAUUACCUCUUAUCAGUCUCAUUCUGAAUGGUCGUAGACUUAUUGGAUCUGCACGAACCCCAGCUUUACUUAUGAUUCUGUAUUACACAAAUUGGCUUAAUUAUUUAUUUACUCGCUAACUAAAUAAUAACACAGAAUACAUACAUACUUAAUAUAUGAGAAAAAGUCCCUAGCGGACUAACAACUGCAUGACUGCUUGGUUAUCAAAAGAGGGAGGGGUAGAUAGGGAGAGACAAAGAGAGAGUCAAACUUAUCGUUGAUACAUUUGGAAGCUACCCUCAAAGUAAUCAUAAUACUUUGCUCACGAACCACAGCCCCUUUGUGGAGUAAGAAACCAGUGAAUGUAUUUACGUGUUUACCGCUCGUCUAUCUCUGUGGACCCAAGCCCUCUUGGAAAGGAGGUUUUGACCGGGUCUUCGCUCAGCUCACUUGUAAAGCUCUGAUUGUCCACCGGAGGUCACAAUGUCCUUCUUCUUUGUUCUGGCUUGUAGUGGAGUGUACUCAGAGCAGAUACUUGGUGGUUGUCUGAGAUGGGAUGUUCUCCUUCCCACCUCGUGUCUUUAGUCAAAGUUCUAGACUGCAGACUGGCAAUGUUCUGGUCUAGUGAGUUUAUCUUCUUCACUUCCUGUUGAGAUUCAAAGUUCUAACCAUUUCAAACGUGUAGCCACCGCUCCACGCUUUCUGGUCUGAUGGUAUUUGUUACCAAGGCUUUUUAUGCACUCAGGUAAAAGGGGCGUUCCUACUUGCUGACACGGUCUCUGAGCUCACUCGGGGCGUGGCUAUGUCCGGUCGUGCAUAGUUUAUAUGAAAACCUAUGAUCUCGUUAGAGAUCUGAAAUCACAUUAAUAUCUUAACAAAAAUACUUUUUCAUUUCUUAUACACAAUGUAUUGGAUGAAGACUUGACAGAUAGAAUGUGUAUACUUUCCAAAUGACAGUACUUUCUUGAUACCAUCCUUAAUGACAUCACAAAAUAAUAAACAAUAUGACAUGAUUAUUCUUUAGAUCCCCACUGACCAUUCCCCACAUUCUGAUGUUGGAAAUAUUGAUCCAGUGUUCACUUUUUGGACGUAAAGGUUUUGGCGGCAAAAGUCUUCUGGAGACAAAGCACGCUCCUUUACCAAUACUGAAGAGCAAGGGAGAGAUUCCCCUCCUGCCUAAUUUACCACCGAGUGUUAAGGUGUUAAAACCGGCCCUGCCCCCCUUCCCCUUUUCUGUGGGUGAGAGGGUCUGUUUGUUGUCAGCCAUUUGCCAAGCUGAUCUGAGGCCUUUGGAUCCUCAGCCAGGAGAGUCAUGACACUAUCCUGUCUCGAAGCUCUACGGACAACUCCUUCGACCUCAUGGCUUGGUUUUUGCUCUGACAUGCACUCUCAACUGUGGGACCUUAUAUAGACAGGUGUGUGUCUUUCCAAAUCAUGUCCAAUCAAUUGAAUUUACCACAGGUGGACUCCAAUCAAUUUGUAGAAACAUCUCAAGGAUGAUCAAUGGAAACAGGAUGCACCUGUGCUCCAUUUCGAGUCUCAUAGCAAAGGGUCUGAAUACUUAUGUAAAUAAGGUAUUUCUGUUUUUAAUUUGUAAUACAUUUGCAAAAAUGUCUAAAACCCUGGUUUCGCUUUGUCAUUAUGGGGUAUUGUGUGUUUAUUGAUGAGCAAAAAAAUUAAAUUAAUCCAUUUUAGAAUAAGGCUGUAAUGUAACAAAAUGUGGAAAAGGGGUCUGAAUACUUUCUGAAUGCAGUGUAUCUCUGCUCUCCCUCUUCAGUCAGAAAGGAGUAGCCUAUUUAACAGCCACUAGCACAGCUCUAGUUACUGCUGUGGGACUCAACCUCUACACAAAGGUACAGAUUAAUGCACACACCCGCCCACGCACACACACACACACACACAAACUGGUUUGAUUGAUUACAUGUUCCACUUCUUCUUCCUGUCUUGUCUCCGCCCCUUCCUGUAGAAAGCUCCUCCCCUGGUGGUGUGCUGGGUUCCAUUUGCGGUGGUGCUCCUCCCCUGGUGGCGUGCUGGGUUCCAUCCAGCUAACUGUGUCAACAUCCCAAUGAUGAGGUAACAGUGAGUUAAUCUAUGCUCCUAGUGUAUUAGCAUCUCCAUGAAGACACAACAGUGAGUUGUAGACCGUCUCCUUCUCUCCUCUCAGAGAGCUCCUGAAUGGCAUCGCUGUAACAGAUGAGAAUGGAAACAAACUGGGUCAUUCCAAGGUAACGGCACUGGGAAUGUCUGGAUAAUUAAAUAUUCAACUAAAUAUCGUAUUUCUGACUGUUAUACAAGAGCAGAAAAAUUACAUUUUCCCUCUCGCUCACAACAGAAAGCAGCUGUGAAGGGCAUCACCCAGGUGGUCAUUUCCCGGGUUACCAUGGCAGCACCGGGCAUGGGUACGUGUCUGAGGUUUAAGGGGGAGGGCUGUAGAAUUUGAGCUCAGUCUUCGCUCCAUAGACAAUGGAAAGCUGUGAUCCUGUUACUCCCUACAAUGACUCAUUCCACUCCUCUUGUUUCCACCGGCCACUCUCUCUUUUAUCCACUUUCUCUCCUUCCGUGCUCCCCCUCUCUUCUCCUAGUCAUUCUCCCCAUCAUCAUGCAGAGACUGGAGAAAUACGUGUUUAUGCAGGUGGGCCUUUAAUCAAAACACUAAAUGCUGCUACUAGACAUGCAUAGGCUAGCUAGCUGCAAUGUUAUUGAAUAAACAUUCAGCGUUACAGUUGUGUUGACUAAAUAUCCAGUUACAUUGUUCUUGACUAAGCAUGCUUAGAGUGCAGAUUGAAGUAGGGAGGUUUCACCAUUAAUUCUUUUUGUUUGGUUCUACAUUUCUCUGGGUGUGCCAAAUGGCACCCUAUUCCCUAUAUAGUGCACUACUUUUGACUAGAGCCCUAUGGGGCCCUAACCAAAAGUAGUGCACUAUGUAGUAAGGAAUAGGUUACCAUUUGGGAUGCAACCGUACAUGUCUCUGUCUUAGUAGGCACACAGUCACCUAACCCUCCAUGUCUGUUUUGCAGCCUGGUCUUCAUGGUGCCUGCAGCCUGUUCCCUCAGCAAUGGUAAGUAGCCUGUCGACUGGGCAGCGUUCAGUAGGACCCCUUCAUGAUUUAGUAGCUGUUUUAGCAUCUCAUCUCUACGAUCAGCAAACGCAUGUUGUAGGAUAGUGCUCAAGAUCACACCUACAGUAACAUGUUAGACUCUGCCUUGGUUUGGAUCUCACUCCGUCUUCCUCUCGCUUUCUUUCAGCUCCAUGGGCAGGUCUAA